GAAAACGUUGGAUUGAUUGCCUGUAACGACGCGACUCUUAUUGAAUCAGGAAUUUACUCUUUGGUUAAACUUUACUUCAGAGAUAAACCCUAUUAUAUGAAUGUCGUUGAACUUAUUCAAGAGAUUUUCCAGAAAACAGCGUACGGCCAGUGUAUGGAUUUGUUGGCAAAUCCAGGCCAUACCCGACCAGACCUAAGCCAAUACACGUUUGAUAAAUACUCAGCGAUUGUCAAAUACAAGACAUCCUAUUAUACAUUUGUAUUACCCGUUAGAUUGGGUAUGGAUUUGGGUUCUCGUACGAUGUAUUUAUCGGAUUAUAAUUCGCCAAAAGAUCACCAAAUAGUUGAAGAGAUUCUGUUAAGAAUCGGACACUUAUUUCAGGCACAGGACGACUACUUAGACUGUUUUGGGGAUUCGUUGAUCACCGGAAAGAUAGGCACAGACAUAGAGGACGGCAAGUGCUGCUGGAAUGUCGUCAAAGCCCUAGAAUUGGGUUCCGAUCGACACAAACAAUUGCUUCAAUCCCAUUACGGAGUGAAAGACUUCGAGUCCGUCAAACAGAUCCGACAACUCUAUGAUGAGAUGGGUUUGGAUAAUGUGUUCAAAGAGUACGAGAAAACCGUUUUCAACGAUAUAUUGGAAAUGAUUGACAAAUUCAAGUAUGAGAUGGAAGUUCCGGUCAGUAUUUUCGACGAACCAAUGGCUCAGAUAUACAACAGAAAUAAAUAG